GCAGCAAUUGAAUCACCUUUUCAGUUUUGAAUUUGACCUGGAACAACAACUCCGUGAAUGUCUUAUGUAUAUUUUUUGUAUUACAUUUAAAGUCCACAUACCUCUAUACUGAACUCCAUGAAAACUAGCAGAAUAAGACACCAGGAAGAGAAUACUAUGGACGAGGUCAAGAAGGACCUCGUAGACGCGGAGACUGCAACCAAGCUGUCCUCCGAUUUCAACAAUGACAUAUGCACAACUAGAACCAUCUCAAGGGUCACCAUGCUGUCGCUGACCUCCUCGGAGAGUAAGCAGAUUAUGGCGACGUCAUCGCAGAUGCCACCUCCACAGGGCAAGUAUUCGGCCCGCGUUGUGGGUGACAUCCUAAAGGAGAUCUUUAUGGAACGACGCGGCGACUUUCCCGAGACCUCAUCUUCCUGCCACAUGGCCGAGAUGCCCUGGCCGCGGCAGUCGGAACGGGAAGCGCAUGUGGACAAGCGGCUGCGGUAUUGGAAGGAAGUGCUGAUGCAGCGCAAGAAGAUGCAGGAGCGCGUGCAGCGGGAGACGGGCAAGUUGGCCAGCGAGGUGCUCUUCAACCGUCGCUCCACGCUGGACAACCGCGACGAGCAGACGGUGAAACGGGUGCUUGACUACGCCGAGCGCAUGGAUUACGAGCGGCUGCAGGAAGCGUCGAGGGCCCCAGUGGCUAAGCUGCCUGACCGGCAGGAUCCGUGCACUUGUCAGUUCGUUGUUGGCCCGGAGGCUACAGCCCCUCAUGCCGAACAGGUGGGCUACAAGGAGGUGGAGAUCAUCGGCCUGCCGGAGGUGAGCCAGCGGGAGCUGCUGGGCAAGGAGGCUCUUGAAGAGAAACGUCCAGACGGUUGGCUGCAGUCCGAGUUUCUGGACGAGCGGCUCGAGCAGAACUUUGGCGCCAUCGAGAAGGUGGUUGAGUUCUUUCCCGACCUAACCGCCCUUCAGGUCACGGGCACUAGUGUGGGCAAGCUGAAACCCACUCUCGCUCCGACGGUCCUGCUGCAGUCGGACUCCCUGCACACGGUGACCAAUAGCGACAGUGCACCGUUCUGCUCCGAGGAGUUAGUCUGCGAGACUGUGGGGGGCACUGAGGAUCAAUCGACGGAGGUCGAGCCCCCCGCGCCUGUUCCGGAGCUGGGUCUGCGCGUGAACGGAGUGGACUAUGUACCAGGAGAGGCCGAUGGGUGCUACGAGAUCGUGACCCGUUUCUCCUGCGAUCCCUUUCGGCGGCGCAUCAAGCGCGUGCUGGAGCUGACGAACAUCGGGCUGCAGACGCUCUCCUUCAGCUGGAAGCAGAGCACGUACUUCUAUAACCGGGCAUCCCUUCUGCUGGCACAAGACAACGAGUUCUUCUUCGACCUGGAUGGCUUUCGGCUGAUGCACGGUGAGAGCCGAAGCCUGGUGGUGCUUUAUCAGCCGCGGAAGGUGGCCAUGGCCGUGGAGCUUUGGCUGCUACAGGUGGAGCCGCGCAUCUUCUGCGGCGAAUCGCUGCUGGUGCGCCUCCAUGGACGCUGCACUCCUCCGGCGGACUAUAUGGCCAAGCUGCUGGAGUGCCAGUGCGCCUGCAUCUGCAAGUCGGACGCGGUGGCCAUGGACAAGCUGACCUCUCACUUAGGCGCCCUUGCUCCCCUGGUGGUGCCUCCGCCCACCUGCUGUCCGUACCCUCGCGUUCUGGACGAUCGGGAGUCCUUCAACGCCCUGAACCCGGGCUACAAUUGCGUCCGCUUCGACGACCUUGAGGUGCUGCGGGCCCUGCAUCAGCGACUGAAGAAGCCACGCGAGCGCCCCUGGGAUCUGAGCCUCUCCACCAUCAGAGGCUAUAUUCUGCGCGUGGAGGCCCUGGCAGAGCGGGAGCAGCUCUUCGCUGAGUUCAAUGACUUGCUAGCCCCGCUGAUGCUCGGAGGCUCCUCCCUCGAAACCUUCGCGGGCCGGGAGGGGCAGAAGCAGCGCACCCGGUUUAUCUACGUGCGGGGCGUGAUCUGCAACGGGAUUGCCGAGUGGGAGGAUCUCAUGUUCAAUGUGGAGGAAUCGUUCUUCAAGCCCGAGCUGCGGCGCUUCUACCAGAGCUUGCUGGCGGUCUCCGAUCAGGAUGAUGAGGAGGACGACGAGGAGGGAAGUCACCACGAGAUGCGGCAGCUCCGUCCCAUCGUACCCAUCGACGAUGAGAAACUACGGGAGAUCCUCGAAGAACAGGAGCUGGACGAUGACAAGAUUCGGGGGGCAGUCAUGCGCAAGCUGUAUCGAUCCAAGUACUUCCGGGACACCCUCUACAUUCAGACCUAUUCGCAUUUAUGCAACAUGGCCGAGGACAUUGUGUCCGUCAUCGAGAGCACAGAAGUCGAGCUAGCUUAGCAGGAAAAAUAAUGAGCGCCUCCUUCAGUACGUUUGUUAUUAUGGGAUACUUAAGAAUCCGGAAUCCUUUCCUAAAUUAGAAAAACUUGCCGGUGUAAUGCAAAGCAAGAGGAUUUUGGCCAGCUUUGGUUUUGAUUGGUUGUGUGCAGCUCUGCUAUAGCCUCCUGUAUUAUGUAUGAAUGCAAUUAGUUAAAAGAAAAUUACAAUUAUCUUCCUCAGAAAAGAUAACAAGACUCAUCUUCACCCAAUCACUAUGAGCAUAUGUUUCAAAUAAGAGAUAAAUUUAAUUUGAAAUUU